GUUUUUUGCUGCAUCAAGAGAAGGUGAUUUGAAUUUGGUUGAAUAUAUGUGUAAAUCGGGGGAAGUUAUGCCAAAUAUAUCAGAUGAUCAAGGUGUUACAGCAUUACACUGGGCUUCUAUUAGUGAUCAGUUAAAUGUUGGACGAUAUCUUCUGUUAAAUGGGGUCGAUGUAAAUGUACAAGGAGGUGAACUUUGUGCAACACCGGUUCAUUGGGCAGCAAAAAAAGGUCAUGUAUAUAUGGUUGAUAUGCUUUAUCAGUCCGGCGCAUCAUUGCACUUAACAGAUUUACAAGGGUUUACAGCGCUUCAUUUGGCAACUCAUCGAUCAAGUGUGAUGCUUGUUCUUUAUCUUCUUCAUCAAAAUGUACAGAUUGAUUGUUUAGAUUAUAGGGGUCAUACGCCUCUUAUGUGGGCGGCGUAUAAUGGAGAUAUAUCAAUUGUCGACAUACUUCUUCGCUGGGGUGCAAAUGUUAAAUUGCAAGAUAAACAGGGAAUGACUGCUCUUCAUUGGGCAAUUGUCAAAGGAAAAUAUUUUUGCAUUUUUACAUCUAUACUUAUGGUCUUUUUAGGUGAUAAAUUAUGUAUUAAAAAAUUAGUCGAAUUUGGUUCAGAUCUGUUGGUGCAAGAACAUAACGGUAAAACUGCUGAAAAAAUAGCUGAAGAAAUGAAUCGUACUGCUCUUUGGAAAAGUGUGUUGAAGGAAGUUGGAAGGGAUGCUUCUGGUAAAUUGAAGAGGCGAUUAUUAGGUUUUAAAAGUUCCAAUGUAGUCUUAUUUUUUGCUCCAUUUUUUGUCUUUGGCUUUUUAUUCUGGAUUUUUACUAUUUUUCCUGUAUUUCUUUCUAUUCCUCUUGCAUUCUCUCUCUCUAUAGGUUUUCAUCUGUUCUUUGUUAAAGUUAUUUCAAUUGAAUAUGAUACCUUUCUUACUAUACAUAAAACUAAAUAUUUUUCUGGCAUUUUUUUUGGAACAUUAGUCUGGGUUAUUCUUCGCUGGAUAUUUGUUUUACUUCAAAAUACAUGGAAGAAUAGUCCCUUUUUUAAUAUUUUGUUUUUUAUUGUUGCUUGUUUUUCAAUUAUCUUUUUUUUCUAUGUUAUGUUUUCAAAUCCUGGAUAUAUACCUAAACCUCAAGGAAUCAAGGAACAAAGGGAAGUGAUAGAGGAUUUGAUUAAAGAAAGGGCGUUUGAUAGACAGCAUUUCUGUAUCUUUUGCUAUUUAAGAAAACCGUUGAGAAGUAAGCAUUGUAAAGUGUGUUCAAGAUGUGUUGCACGUUUUGAUCACCAUUGUCCUUGGACAGGGAAUUGUAUAGGUUUAAGGAAUCAUAGAUUGUUUAUAGUUUAUAUUAUUAUGGUGCAAAUAGGUAUUGUUUUUUUUCUUCGACUGCUACUUAUUCAUUUUGAGGUUUUAUAUUCUCCGGAAUUGUCUAAAAACUGUUUCGUUUUUUUGAAAUUGCUUUGUGAACCUUUUUUGUUGGAUCCUUUUACAUUUGUAUUAGCAUUAUGGACUUUCUUGCAACUUAUUUGGGUUACAUUAUUGCUAGUUGUGCAAUUAUUUCAGAUUUCAUUUUCUAUAACUACAAGCGAGGCAAGAAAUUUGGAUAAAUAUGGUUUUAUGGGUGAAAUUGAGAAGGAUUUUUAUAGAAAAGAUGCUGCAUAUAUUUUGAGGUCUACCUUUUCAAAUGACGAUGCCCCGCAUCAUCAUUAUUGUUCUCAUAAGAAAGGAUAUCGUAUGUUUUCAAUGUUAUCAAAAUUUCUGGGUAUUCAUCAUUUUUUAAAAAUAAUAUCUAUUUUUUCAUCAAAGUCUGUAUCUCUGAUGAAUAAGACUAAGAAUCCAUUUAAUAAUGGUAUUCUGUCAAAUUGCAGAGACUUUUGGAAUUGUGGAACAGGAAAAAUUUCUGUAUUAGGUUUUAUGAAUAAAACAAAACAUUCUUAUAUAGAAGGAAGUGGUUAUAUCGAUGGCCAGCUGAUCAAUUAUUAUUAUUUAUAUGAUUAUUUGCGAUUUCAUAAAGAUUAAUAGCUUAAAUGCUAUUAAGAUGUUUUGUUAGAUUAUAUUUAGAUAUGGUUAUAAUAUUGUAUUUCGAAGUGCAUAAUUUAAAAGU